CCCCUUCCCCAUCGAGGCCCCGCCUCAUCCAUUGACCCCCGUCAUGGCGGAGCGGCGUGCUGCUGGACCCGGUAGCCGGGACCGGCGUGCGCGGUCCUCCUCGUCCCUCUCCUCCUCCUCCGGGCUCCUCGCCGCUGCCGCCUUCUGCUGCUGCUGCUGCCUCGCGCUGCUGUCGCCCGGCGUGGCCGUGGCCAAGAAGGCAGGCGAUGGCAUCGAGGUUGAGAACGGGGUGGUGAGCCUCCCCCUGGAACACUCCUUUGAAGUUGACGGCUCGGUGCAGUUCCGGCGACGCGGGACGGUGAUUUGGCGGCCGCAGCGUGAGCACGCGGUUUCCAUCUCCCAGCCGCCCUUCACCGACGACGAGAGGAACAAACUACGGGAAGUGGCGGAGGUGGAUGGUCUGUACCGGAUCCGUCUGCCCAUCCCCAUGGGAGGAGACGGGAGCUCGACAGAGUAUGUCUUCACAUUCGUGAGAGCCUGCGCCCUGCUGGAGGCCCAGCUGUCGGACUUGCUCACGCUGCACCUGGACGCGGUGGGCGCCAUUGCUGGCAUCUCCCUCGAGGUGGUGCCCGGCGGUUGCCAUGGCUACGAGGUUGAGGACGUGGACCUGGAGAACUUCAACACGACCUUGACCGUGACGACGCCGGUGGUCCUGCUAGGACCGGAGACUGCGUCGUACAUACAGCGCUUGGAGCAGGAGCAGGCGCAGAGAACCAAGAACCCACAGGAGCAGAAGUCGUUCUUUGCCAAAUACUGGCAUCUCAUUUUGGGCGGUGCCGUUUUACUGAUGGCGACCGGGGCCGUUAAACCACCGCCUCCCCCGGAGGAGGCCUAGUAUGGCUGCAGAGCGAGGAUGGAGCGAGUGCCUUGGAUGUACAUAAUCCCCGUAGUGCUGUUCUUGAUAAUGUCGGGAGCGCAAGACCCCGGCAACCAGGGAGGCGGAGGCGGUGGAGGCGGCGGCCGGGGAUGACACCCUUUGCACUGCUCAAAACACUAGCACUCAUGUGCAUGCACAUCAGCAGACACCAUCAAUUCAGCCUGUGGAUUGUGCAAGAAUGUUUAUACUCAUGUGUUAUAGACUCGACCAUCAUCCCACUCCAGAUGUGCAAAACAUGGAUACAUAAAAACUCACAAGAUGUGUACACACAAUUUACACAACGGGACAGGCAUUCCGAUAAGUUCACUUAUUUGGGCACAUUACUUGACUGAAAAAAAACACUACAAAGUUAAUCAUUAUAUAAGGUAGGCAUGUAAUGAACUAUGACUUUAAUUCGAUUAUGGAUUGUUUUGUAUUUUGCGAAUGAGCCCUGCAGGCACUGAAUUCAGUACAAGUAAUACAUACGACCCAAAAUUGUGACAAUCGAGUCACAAUCCUGCUUAAUAACAAAUAAAAAUUGUGAGUGGGGCGAGUUGUUACUUGCCUUCGAAACACGGUGACUUGCUAAAAAUAGAGCAGUUGCAGACAUGUACAGUUUCACACAUGGGACACCACCAUAAAUAUACUCUGCACAGGAAACACCAAUUCACGCGUGUGUAAACUCAAACAUUUCAGGUAUGUACACGUGUAUAUGCAGUGAUGCGCACAAGACACCAUAACGCAUAAAUGUGGUUAACUGGUGGUAAACAGUUUAAGUCUGAUGAAAUUAAAUCACAGCCAAACUGAUAGGAAACAAAUCUGAUUCUGGACCUCAUGGUGUUUGCAUAUCCGAUGGGCUGACAGUGGAGUCCCAUAUGAUCAGGAUUGUAUAUUUACUGUAAGCUUAACCAAUGUAAUUUAUUAGUAAUCUAUAUGAAACAAAGGAAUAAAGCAAAUUAAAUUUGAUGUGUUAAUGUCCAGGCAGGUAUGGAAUAUGCAGUAACCUUAAUUUCCCUAGCAAUGAAAAUGUUCUUUAAACAAUUGGUGUUUUUUUACUUCUUGAAAAGUCUGGCUUGAACAUACAUUCAUGAUUUUUUACACUGGUGAUAGCUUGAUCAAUGAUACCAUACACAGUCUGUGAUUCAGUUCCAAGAUAUCUGAUUUUAUGGCCGAUAUAAUCUGUUCUGAACAAACACGCAGACAUCCAAACAAAGUCAUUUACACAUGUCCAGACAUGCUGUUACUCAAUACAAUUUUAAUUCUGUAAAUGCACAAAACAUGGCUGAAUUAUCCACAACAAUUUAAAAUAAAUAUCAAUUCAAAACA